CAAUACUACUACAAGUCGACCACGUGGACCAAUCUUGCAACCAAGAGGAACAAGAAUUGCGCAAUCUUUUGCAAUGCAAUGGGCACCUUCUGGAAGAUUAAGAAGUUAAUGUGAGACAUGGCACAAAGCAGAUCUUCAAUAUUACUACGACGUUGAAUGUGAAUUUGGGAAACCGCUGAGAUGUGGCCAGCCAGAAGAAGAAUAAGAUGCUAAUAUGAGACAAAGAAACGAACCGCGCAGCAGACCUCCAAUCUCACAACGACGUAGAACCUGCCCUGCAGAAAGUUCUCAAGACAAAUGGACAACUGAAGAUUAAGAAGUAAAUCUGGAACAAAGGGCGCGGGGUAUUGUCGCCAGAUAGAGGCCAUUAUGACGUCAUAAUACUCACCAUCGACUUGAAGCGCUCCUGACCCGCGGUGUCCCAGAUUUUCAACUUCAACUUUUGGUCGCCGACUUCCCUGGAACAAAAUGGAAAAGGGAGUGAUUUUAAUUCGUUCUAGCACCAUCAGCCGGCUACCAGUUCCAAGGGGAUGUAUAUUUUAUCUUUGGAUUAACUUCGUGGAAAUAAGCAAACAGAAAACAUGACGCAUUUCAGAAAUACGUUUAUGGGCACUGUUGGUUUUGAAGAAAUAAAACGUUACACGAGACAAGGAACGGAAUUUUGUCGCGAAAUUGUGAAUAUACUGAAUGAAAGGGCUAUGUUGGAGCAAAAUUAUGCCAAAAGUUUGCGUCGUCUUGGCCAACGUAUGUCAAAAGCUGCUUGUUCAGUACUUGGUUCACCUAUGAGUUCUUCAUGGAAAACUGUGGGUGUGGAAACGGAGAAAGAAGCCGAAUUACACCGAGAUUUUGGAUUAUCCUUGAUAGAAGAAUGUAUUAAACCUUUGUCAACUGUAACUGAGAAACAACUAAAACCAAGAAGAAUGAUGGAGCAAAGAGUGGACAGUCGUUUUAAAACAUGGACGGAUAAACAUGCAGAACAUAUCAAGAUAAAGAGGAGACUCCAUCAGCUACAACGAGAGAACGAAUCUCUGCGGGAACAAAUUGACGGACCACGCCCUAAAACUGAUCGAGAUCAACAAAAGUUAAUGGCCAAGCAACAACGUGGUGAAGAACAAAUCCAAAGAACUGACUUGGAAUAUUACAACUCACUCAUACAAUUAGAAGCAUCUAGACAGGACUGGGAAUCUGCCAGUUUUGAAUGCUGUGAUGCAGUGGAGGACAUGGAAGACGACAAGUUUCGACAACUCAACCACGUUCUUGGAAAAUAUGUCGACAAUUUAUACGAAAUUCCAUCGAAGAUGAAAAGCAUGUGUCGGAUACUCGACGAUGCAUGUGAGGGCUUGUCCCCGCAAACAGAGAUCCUUCUAGUGGCCGAUAAACUAAAGGGGGCGCCGUAUAUGUCCGAGCAACUAUUAUGUGAUUUCUAUCAAGAAAAUUUCAGCUGUCCGAUGUCCCCAGAUCGACGACGGGCAUCAGUGAACAAACUACUUGAACGUUAUAUAGCUGACUGCCAGAAGGAGCGUGCUCAUCGUGACGGCCUCAAAAGAUUGGCUGAAGCCUCAAAAGAUAAUGACCCUAAGAACCAAUCAGAUAUCUCCAAUAGAUUGUUGCAGUCUUCAGCAAUGCUGACAUUCUUUGACAUUAUUCGAUAUAAAUUAAACCUCACUCUUUCAUCUAUUGAUGGAUCGUCCAGACCACAACACCCGCUGUCUAACUGCAUGGAAAACCACACGGAUAAACAGGGCAUCUUGUACACUGUGUUUCGCUCAAGACCAGGGGAGGCCUAUGAAAGGUUACAAGAAAAAGAAAAAAGCCAACAUAAAUCCAAGUCAAAAUCAAAGUCAAAAAGUCGCGCUCCCGUCACGCGACACCGAUCUUCCUCACUAGAGAACCAUAGAAAUCAUAGCAACCAUAACCACCAUCAGAAGAAGAAUUACGAAACUGUUUCGGCAGCUACUGGCAAAGUUAUGCGUGACAACAGACGUACAAGUAAUGCAAGCGUCACGUCAAGUUCAACGAAAAAUUCAGUUCCACCAGCUUCACCGGAGUUUGAAACGCCAGUGGAAACACCAGCAAAACCUGAGGUCACGAACUCUGGUGAAACUACAGUAUUAUGUCGAUGUGUUGCUAUUUAUGAUUAUGCAGCUACUAGACCUGAUGAACUGUCAAUCAAAGAAGGUGAUGUAAUAAACGUAUUCGAAAAGGGUGAAGAUGAUUGGUGGAGAGGGGAAGUAAACAACCAAUCAGGACUCUUUCCCGCAAAUUAUGUUGAUGUUGAAAUUAGUGUAUAAAAAUUUUUCGAUUUUUUUUACAAUUUUACUCAUUUUUUGCGCAAUUUCGAAUUUUUUUUCCAUUUUUAUCAUGGCUUGUUGUGUUUUAACUGAAUUUAUCAUUCCCAUUAUGUGAUAUAUGGUUGGUUUGGUUGUAUUUUGCACACAAAUAUGUGUUUAGCUCUGCAGUGCGGCUGGCUUGUUUGAACCUAAAACAUAUAUAUGUGCUGAAAUUGCCAUGAAUGGUGUGUUCAUGCACCCUUGCCCACUGUCAAGCCAUAACAAGGGUUUCUUCUUAUACACCAGACACACAUGGUGUAUUCAUACACUUCAUGCAGACUGUCAAGUUAUAACAUGGGUGUCUUUUUAUACACCAAACACUCAUGGUGUUUUCAUACAUCUCAUGCUCACUGUCGAGUUAUAGCAUGGGUGUCUUCUUAUUCACCAGACAUACAGGUGUCUGAUUAUAACAUGAAUAAACUCCUUCACCUAAUACCUACUCUCUUACCAGGCUGUAUUAUAAACCUUAUUCCGACUGUCCAGUUAUAACAUGUUCUUUUCAACAAGGCACACUGCAGUGUAAACAUAGCAAAAAUAAUCAAAAUACAGACAGCAUUUCCAACAUAGAAUCUUUGUUUAGUCUUUUCUAUUCUUUCAUUUAUAUUCUAUCAUCACCCUAUGCCAAAGGUGUAUGUAUUCUAAUUAGUGCUACAUAUCACAUCAUUUUAUUUGUGUAGAUACUUUUUGUUGGUUGCAACAACUGUAUAUGUUAAAAUAACUCCUAUUAAACUGGAAAAAAUCGCAAUAUUUACGAAAUUGUAAUUAAAAAUUUCAACCUUGUUUGUAUUUCAAAAUUGGUCACACUAAAGAGCGUUUUAGACCUUUUAAAAUUGGUUUCAGCACUGCUGUCUUUAUAUAUAUAUAUAUCAUUUGUAAGUGCUUAAACAAUAGUACAUUGUGACAGUUGGACCGCAGCAUAGGACCAAAUCAUAGGCCUUAAAAACAUUGGUUUUGUUUAUAUUGGUGCCAGCUAUGUUAUUUUAUAAGCCCUGCACUGUACAACUAUCUCUGUUUUUCAUGUUUCAAUUAAUUUUUAAUUAGUCGUCUUGUAUUUGAUGCCCUUAUUACGCAAUGCUGGUACAAUCUAUUUAAAAUAAAGGUAUACCCCAUGUUUUAAAAUUA